AUGGUGCCCGCCCGAGCGCUCGAGCUGACCGCGCCCGCCGACCUGCCCUACAGCUUCUGCAGCCAGCCCCGCUCCCUGGUCCCCCGCCCCAAGUACCGAGAGCAGUCCGAUGCCUCCGAGACGGAGAAGGGCCCGGUGCACCGCUGCAAUAUCAUGAUCGACCCGAGAGUGGUGCGCGGAAACGUUCUGUCCGUCCGCCACCCGCCGCAGCCCAGUACCCUUGAGGUUAAAAGACAGAGGAGAGCACAGAAAAAAGGACUGGCCAGAAGGCUUACGCAAGAGCAAAUUCGAGCAGGAACGCCGGAACCUGUGGAAGGCAGAGAACAUGUUUACGUGCAGACAGAACUGUAUUUGGAAGAGAUUAGUGAUCACAUAAUAGAAGUUGAUGGAGAGUGUCAAACAGAUGAAUUUUUGGACAGACCACCCACUCCACUCUUCAUACCAGCCAAAACAGGAAAAGAUGUGGCCACACAAAUAGAAGAAGGAGAGCUGUUUGACUUUGACAUUGAAGUGAAACCAAUCCUGGAAGUGUUGGUUGGGAAAACAGUUGAGCAGGCUUUGCUAGAAGUUAUGGAGGAAGAAGAGCUGGCCCAGCUGUGGUCACAUCAGCGUGCCUUCACAGAGCUGCGUAAUGCAGAGUUCGCUGAAUUGCAGCGCUUAGAAGAGCAGGACAGGCGAAUCAGGGAGGAGAAGGAACGUCGCAGACUGGAGCACCUGGAAAAGCUGCGGAAACAGAAAGAGACUGCAGAGAAAAUUGCAGCUCGGGCAUUCGCUCAGCGUUACCUGGCUGAUCUCAUUCCCUCAGUCUUCAACAAUCUUCAUGACAGUGGAUUUUUUUAUGACCCUAUAGAAAGAGAUAUUGAGACAGAAUUCCUUCCAUGGCUGAUGUCAGAAGUGGAAGAAACACUACAGAAGAAGGUUCUUGGAAGGAUGGUGCUUGACUCCUUGAUUCGCAUGGUGGUUGAAAAACGCUUAGAUGAAUUUAGCCGUCCACUUCCAUCUGAUCAGACAGAGGCACCUGCUGAAGAGCCCAGGGAAACAGAUGCAGCUCCCCAGGUGUCUGGUGAGGCAGAUGCUGCUGACCAACCAGUUGAAGAGAAAGAAGAGACUGACCAACUUGUUGCUGAGGAAUAG